UUUCCUCUACUAAGGGCCUCUUUCACCACCCUCGAGUAAAGUGCAAAGUAGACUACUCGUCGGUUAAAGUCCCCCGUAACUGCAUGUGUCAAUUUCACGACCCGCGAGUAGCACUAAUCAUAUGAUUAAAGUGACCCGUAACUUACUUGCCACCUCAUCUGCCAUUUAGCGAGUUUACUUGACGGAUAAAUUUACUCAGAGAGUUUGAAUUUGCUUAAAAAUGGAUUUAUUUGAUUUAAUUGAUCACCAAUUGGAUUAUUUAGACUAUUCUACGCUGCAACGGACAUCGAGGGUUCGUGUAUUUAAACCCCGUGUUGAUUAUUUUAACGAAUUGGAUGAAACUGAAUUUCUGGCUAGAUUUCGUCUAUCAAAGUGUACUGUGAACCAAGUACAUAAUUUAAUAAAACAUAAAAUAAUGUCUAAAACGCAAAGAAAUCAUGCAGUUUCGACAGAAAUAAGCCUACUACUAACGUUAAGAUAUCUCGCUACUGGAUCCUACUUAAGAAGUGCUGCUGAUUUUUGUGGUGUCAGCCCACCAACAGCAAGCCGCAUUGUUAAGAAAGUUACUGAAGCAAUCGCGCAGUUACGACCAGUUACGAUAAAGUUCCCUGACAAUAUAAGUACUCUGCAAAAUGGUUUUUAUCAAAUCGCAAGAUUCCCUAGGGUAAUAGGAGCUCUAGAUUGUACCCAUGUUACAAUACAGUCCCCCGGAGGCGAUUCAGCUGAAAACUACAGAAACAGAAAAUCUCAUUUCUCAAUAAAUGUUCAGGUGGUUUGUGAUAGUCAAUUAAGAUGCUUGGACAUUGUGGCAAGAUGGCCAGGUUCUGUUCAUGAUCAAACUAUUUUUAAUAAUUCUUUUUUGAAGCAAAGAUUUGAAAGUGGACAGUUUGGUAAUAGUUUGAUUCUCGGUGAUAGUGGAUAUGAAUUAAAACAAUAUCUUUUGACACCCUUUCUCAAUCCAUCAUCCCCAGCAGAAAAUUUAUACAAUGAAGCACACAUACGGACAAGGAAUACUGUUGAAAGGUGUUUUGGUGUAUGCAAAAAUAGAUUUCCUGUCCUCAGGCGACAAAUAACUUUAAACUUAAAUAGAGUUCAAGCUAUAAUAGUUGCCUGCUUUGUACUUCAUAAUAUUGCAAUUGAUGCAAAUGAUAGGAACUUUGAGGACUAUAGCGACUCACAUAUUGAGCCUCACGAGGAAAACUUAGCACUUAGCGGUUCAGAUUUUAAUAAUAACACCAGGAACAGACUGGUGCAAGAAUAUUUCUUACCAUUAUUAAAUAAUAAUACAUUAUAA